AUGUGUAGCGCCAUGAUCAAGGCUGCAGCCGGCGAUGAUCUUACCACGCUCCGUGACAAAACAUUCGCGGCGUUCAGAAAUGAAUGUCGGCUGAACAAAGACCAACAUGAUGAGAGCAACUCUUGCUCUUUCUCCACCGUGGCUUCAAAACCACCCACGUUCAAGUUCAUCCUGAAGCCACUCAGCAUGCCUUUCCGGUUGGACUUCGCUGUGAAGAUCGAGAGAGGUGCCUCACUGGCCCUCGCAGAGAGCACCACACAUGGGUCCAUCUUUGCCGAGAUGAAUAUCGGAGGUCAGAAUAAUCGUCGCUCAGCUGUGAGAUCCUGCUAUAAUGUCGAGUGCCAUGACGCGGUUGCUACUCACGAUGAGGCAGGUCUGGUUGACGCCAAUGAAUACCGCCCCUUCUGGAUCGAGUACAAAGGGGGCGUGGUGAGGGUCGGUAAAGGAGGACAGGAGGAGGCUUUCUUGGAGUGGGAUGCUGGUGCACAUCACCAGCGAGUAGCAACUCAAGUACGUAUUGGUAUCGCUUCAUGGGCUAAAGCCAACGGAGACUGGGUGUUUUACAAAUUUUGCGCGUGA